AUGCAGGGUCUUGCGGAUGGUCCCGUCAAGACUCACCUGUUCCGGCUUGAACUAGAUUCACUAGAACAAGCCAUUUCCAUUGCGGAGCAGGAAGACUUCAGUCUGAGACAGGCUCGCGCCAGCUCGACAUCAUAUCGUCAACCGAGACGAUAUGACAACGGAGGUCCAGAGCCGAUGGAACUCUGUUAUGUAGAGAGCGAGAAGGCUCGCUCUACAGGCUACAAGAAGUUGCAGAGAUGCAACAGAUGUCAGAAGACAGGACACUACGCUUACGAGUGUAGUGCCCCUCGUCCAGUGUCUCGCGACACUGGGCGUAGUGACCGUCCACCCAUGAGAAAGGGGCAGGGACGAGGGUCCGCAGUUGGUGCAAAGACGCAACAACGGGAUGGACCGUCAAAAAACGGACAGGAUCAGUAG